GCCAGAGGGACGAGGAGGAGGAGGGGUCCCGGCCUGGCCCGACCCCAGACCCGGCCCGGCCAUGGCGCAGAUACUGCCCAUCCGCUUCCAGGAGCACUUCCAGCUUCAGAACCUGGGCAUCAAUCCGGCCAACGUUGGCUUCAGCACGCUGACGAUGGAGUCUGACAAGUUCAUCUGCAUCCGAGAGAAGGUGGGAGAGCAAGCUCAGGUGGUCAUCAUCGACACGAGCGAUCCAGCCGCUCCCAUCCGACGGCCCAUCUCUGCGGACAGUGCCAUUAUGAAUCCAGCCUCAAGAGUGAUCGCCCUGAAAGCGGGAAAGACCCUUCAAAUUUUCAACAUUGAGAUGAAGAGUAAAAUGAAAGCCCACACAAUGGCAGAGGAGGUGACCUUCUGGAAAUGGAUCUCUGUCAACACUGUUGCCUUGGUGACCGACGUGGCUGUCUACCAUUGGGGCAUGGAGGGCGACUCGCAGCCCCUGAAGAUGUUUGACCGACACGCGAGUCUGGCUGGUUGUCAGAUCAUCAACUACAGGACCGAUGACCACCAGAAGUGGCUUCUGCUGAUCGGCAUCUCCGCCCAGCAAAACCGUGUGGUUGGAGCCAUGCAGCUUUACUCGGUGGACAGGAAGGUGUCACAGCCUAUAGAAGGUCAUGCUGCGGCUUUCGCCGAGUUCAAAAUAGAAGGGAACUCCAAGGCUUCCACUCUUUUUUGUUUUGCUGUGCGGAGCUCUGCAGGUGGCAAGCUGCACAUAAUUGAAGUGGGCCAGCCUGCAGCAGGGAACCAACCCUUUGUGAAGAAAGCGGUGGACGUGUUUUUUCCUCCAGAGGCACAGACAGAUUUCCCUGUGGCCAUGCAGAUAGGAAUCAAGCAUGGAGUUAUUUACUUGAUUACAAAGCAUGGUUACAUUCACUUGUAUGACUUGGAGUCUGGAGUGUGCAUAUACAUGAACCGCAUCAGCGCUGAUACGAUCUUUGUCACUACUCCUCAUGAACCCACCUCUGGGAUUAUUGGUGUGAACAAGAAAGGGCAGGUCUUGUCAAUCUGUGUGGAAGAAGAUAACAUUGUCAAUUAUGCCACCAGCGUGCUCCAGAACCCAGACCUCGGGCUGCGCAUGGCCAUUCGCAGCAACCUGGCCGGGGCAGAGGAGCUCUUUGCCCGAAAAUUUAAUAGCCUGUUUGCACAGGGCAGCUACGCCGAGGCCGCCAAAGUCGCAGCUUCUGCACCCAAGGGAAUCCUGCGCACCAGCGACACCAUCCGCAAGUUCCAGAGUGUGCCGGCCCAGCCUGGACAGGCCUCCCCCUUGCUCCAGUACUUUGGGAUCUUACUGGACCAAGGGCAGCUCAAUAAGUUUGAGUCUUUGGAGCUUUGCCGGCCUGUCCUUCAGCAGGGCCGCAAGCAGCUCCUGGAGAAGUGGCUUAAGGAGGACAAGCUGGAGUGUUCGGAGGAGCUGGGAGAUCUGGUCAAAGCCGCUGACCCGACGCUUGCGCUCAGUGUCUACCUGCGGGCCAGCGUGCCUAACAAAGUGAUCCAGUGCUUUGCAGAGACGGGCCAAUUCCAGAAGAUUGUGCUCUAUGCCAAGAAGGUCGCGUACACGCCUGACUGGAUCCUCUUGCUGAGGAGUGUGAUGAGGGUCAGCCCAGAGCAGGGCCUGCAGUUUGCUCAAAUGCUGGUGCAGGAUGAGGAGCCGCUGGCCAGCGUCAACCAGAUUGUGGACGUCUUCAUGGAGAACAGCUUGAUUCAGCAGUGCACGUCUUUCCUGUUGGAUGCCUUGAAGAACAACCAUCCUGCAGAAGGACGGCUCCAGACCCGCUUACUGGAAAUGAACCUGAUCCACGCCCCACAGGUUGCAGAUGCCAUCCUUGGGAAUCAGAUGUUUACCCACUAUGACCGUGCCCACAUUGCCCAGCUCUGUGAGAAGGCGGGCCUGCUGCAGCGAGCGCUGGAGCAUUACACGGAUCUGUAUGACAUCAAGCGCGCCGUGGUCCACACUCACCUCCUGAACCCCGAGUGGCUCGUGAACUUCUUUGGCUCGCUGUCGGUGGAGGACUCCGUGGAGUGCCUGCGAGCGAUGCUGUCUGCCAACAUCCGGCAGAACCUUCAGCUGGGCGUGCAGGUGGCCUCCAAAUACCACGAGCAGCUCGGCACCCAGACGCUCGUGGAGCUCUUUGAGUCCUUCAAGAGUUAUGAAGGCCUCUUCUACUUCCUGGGCUCAAUCGUCAACUGCAGCCAGGAUCCAGAUGUGCAUUUCAAGUAUAUUCAGGCAGCCUGUAAGACCGGGCAGAUCAAGGAGGUGGAAAGAAUAUGCCGAGAAAGCAACUGCUAUAACGCAGAGCGAGUGAAGAACUUCCUCAAGGAGGCCAAGCUUACAGAUCAACUGCCCUUGAUUAUUGUUUGCGACAGAUUUGACUUUGUUCAUGACCUAGUUCUGUAUUUAUACCGCAACAACCUACAGAAGUACAUUGAAAUCUAUGUUCAGAAGGUCAACCCCAGCCGCAUCCCUGCCGUGGUCGGAGGGCUGCUUGAUGUGGAUUGUUCCGAGGACGUCAUUAAAAACUUAAUCAUGGUGGUGAGAGGACAGUUCUCCACUGAGGACUUGGUGGCUGAGGUGGAGAAAAGGAACAGGCUAAAGCUGCUUCUUCCUUGGCUGGAAUCCCGAGUCCACGAAGGCUGUGAAGAGCCGGCCACCCACAAUGCCCUGGCCAAGAUCUAUAUCGACAGUAACAAUAACCCCGAGCGCUUCCUCCGCGAGAAUCCCUACUAUGACAGCCGUGUUGUAGGUAAAUACUGUGAAAAGCGGGACCCGCAUUUGGCCUGUGUUGCCUAUGAGAGGGGGCAGUGUGACCUCGAGCUCAUUCAGGUUUGUAAUGAGAAUUCUCUGUUCAAAAGUGAAGCUCGUUACCUGGUACACAGAAAAGAUCCAGAACUCUGGGCAAAUGUCCUGGAGGAAAACAACCCGUUCAGGAGACAGCUCAUUGAUCAGGUGGUGCAGACCGCUUUGUCUGAAACCCAGGAUCCCGAAGAGGUCUCUGUGACCGUGAAAGCUUUUAUGACUGCCGACCUGCCCAGCGAGCUGAUCGAGCUCCUUGAGAAAAUUGUGCUGGACAACUCUGUGUUCAGUGAGCACAGGAACCUGCAGAAUCUGCUGAUUCUGACUGCCAUCAAGGCUGACCGCACACGGGUGAUGGAGUACAUUAACCGACUGGAUAACUAUGAUGCCCCAGACAUCGCCAACAUCGCCAUCAGCAAUGAGCUGUACGAGGAGGCAUUCGCCAUCUUUAGGAAGUUUGAUGUGAAUACGUCGGCCAUUCAGGUCCUGAUAGAACACGUUGGGAACCUGGAUCGUGCGUAUGAAUUUGCAGAAAGAUGCAAUGAACCGGCAGUGUGGAGCCGGCUGGCCCGGGCCCAGCUGCAGAAGGACUUGGUGAGAGAGGCGAUUGACUCGUACACCAAGGCGGACGACCCCUCCUCUUACCUGGAAGUCGUUGAGGCUGCCGACAGAAACAGUAAUUGGGAAGAUCUGGUUAAAUUUUUACACAUGGCCAGGAAAAAGGCCCGAGAGUCCUAUGUAGAGACUGAGCUUAUUUUUGCUCUGGCUAAAACAAACCGCCUCUCUGAGCUGGAGGAGUUUAUCAAUGGACCCAACAAUGCCCACAUCCAGCAGGUCGGCGACCGCUGCUAUGACGAGGCCAUGUAUGAGGCCGCCAAGCUGCUCUACAGUAACGUGUCCAAUUUUGCCCGCCUGGCAUCUACCCUGGUGCAUCUGGGCGAGUAUCAGGCCGCAGUGGACAGCAGUCGCAAGGCCAACAGCACCAGGACCUGGAAGGAGGUGUGCUUUGCCUGUGUGGACGGACAGGAGUUCCGCCUGGCCCAGUUAUGUGGCCUCCACAUCGUCAUCCACGCGGACGAGCUGGAGGAGCUGAUCAGCUAUUACCAGGAUCGGGGCUAUUUUGAAGAAGUGAUAGCCCUGCUGGAGGCCGCUUUGGGUCUGGAGCGGGCCCACAUGGGGAUGUUCACUGAGCUUGCCAUCCUGUAUUCCAAAUUCAAGCCACAGAAGAUGCGGGAGCACCUGGAUCUCUUCUGGUCCAGAGUCAAUAUUCCCAAGGUCCUGAGGGCUGCCGAGCAAGCUCACCUCUGGGCGGAGCUCGUCUUCCUCUACGAUAAGUAUGAGGAGUAUGAUAAUGCUAUCACCACCAUGAUGGCCCAUCCCACAGAGGCCUGGAAAGAAGGGCAGUUCAAGGACGUCAUCACCAAGGUGGCCAAUGUGGAACUGUACUACAAAGCCCUCCACUUUUACCUGGACUACAAACCCCUCCUGAUCAAUGACCUCUUGUCGGUCCUCUCUCCCCGGCUGGAUCAUACCCGCACCGUCAGGUUUUUUUCAAAGGUGAAUCAGCUUCCUCUGGUGAAACCUUACCUCCGCUCGGUCCAGAAUCACAACAACAAGGCAGUCAACGAGGCCCUUAAUAACCUGUUGACCGAGGAAGAGGAUUACCAGGGCUUGAGGGCGUCUAUUGAUGCUUACGACAACUUUGACAACAUCGGCCUGGCUCAGCGACUGGAGAGGCACCAGCUGAUGGAGUUCCGGCGGAUCGCUGCUUACUUGUACAAAGGGAAUAACCGCUGGAGGCAGAGUGUGGAGCUCUGUAAGAAGGACCGGCUCUACAAGGAGGCCAUGCAGUACGCGGCCGAGUCCCGGGAUGCCGAGCUGGCCGAGGGCCUACUGCAGUGGUUCCUGGAGGAAGGCAAGCGGGAGUGCUUUGCCGCGUCCCUCUUCACCUGCUAUGACCUGCUGCACCCCGAUGUGGUUCUCGAGCUUUCCUGGCGGCACAGCAUCCUAGACUUCACCAUGCCCUACUUUAUCCAGGUGAUGAGGGAAUAUCUUACCAAAGUGGACAAACUGGACGCUUCUGAGAGCCUGAGGAAAGGGGAGGAGCAGGGCGUGGAGGCCACGCCCAUCGUGUUCGGCCAGCAGCUGAUGCUGACGGCAGGCCCCACUUCCGGACCUUCUCAAACCAAUUUUUCCUAUGGAUAUACAGCUCCAGGAUUCACCCAGGCGCCUGUUUACAGUUUCAACAUGUAAAAGGUGCUCCUGGGGGCUUCUCGGAGGCAUGUCCAGAGAUCCCAGAGGUACCACGGGCUCCUCCUGAGCCUCAGGACGCUCUCCAAAGGACCCUGGUGCUUAUUUAUUUUGCUGAUGUUCUUUAGGCUCCAGCUCUGAGCAGGGACCAUUCCCCAGGUGUCGGACUUUUGCUGCGCUGCCUGUCCCUGACUUGCAGGGACCUCACCAACAUAGCCAUAGUGAGAAGACCAGCAGCCCCUUUUCCCCUGGGAGGUGGGGGGGCCUGCUGAGGUGGCACACCCAACUGAUGGGCUCAGAAUUCAUCUCUGUCCUUUCCUGGGGAUUUGGGAAACUCACUGCCUUAUCUGCCUUCUCGGCUUUUGGUUGUUUUGUGUGAAUGCCUGGGGGUGCCAGGCCUAGGCUGAAAGAAGGCCCGGAGGCAGCCCCGGGGGGCCGUCAUGGAAUUUUUCUUGGGUAGGCGUGUCAUGGAGGGGGCAGUCGAGAAGAGCCCAGCUGCUUGUGGGAGGCUGCAGCCAUGUCUAUGGCGCAGGCCUUGGGGGCCCUGGCACCCUGCGUGCCCACAGGCUGCCUCUGCUCUGGGUUACCGUGACAGUCAAGCGCCAACAGGGUUGUUCCUGUGUGCCCCUCUCCAAACAACCAUACACCGUUAACAUUGGCUGUCCUGGAAAUAGAGGAGUGUAUAAUUUAUGGUUAUGAAUCUUGUGCUAAUCAUGAGUAUUAAAGCCCAUUAUAACUAAGCCAGA